UGACGAAGGCAGGUGAUACUUCAAUGUUAGUGGAACAAUCUCUGCUGUGAGGAUGCUGCUGAAAGGGUGGGUCUCGUCCUGCAGUGGUAUCCAUCGUUUUACAUCGAUAUGCUGUUAGCUUGACCAAAUUCUGCUCAAAGGGAGCCACCUAGGCGACACGAAAUACAGAGAAGAUACCAAUAAGGGAGAAAAAAAAGCUCUGCAAUUGUUAAAGGUGUUCUGAAAUGAAAAACACUUUUUGAUAUUAGACUUCCCGCAGAAUCUGACUUGUGGAUGCAGCUUGGCAGAAGAAGACACUAGCGGUUUCAAAGGAUUUAAAGGCCCCCCGGUGUUAUCCAAAUACUGCAUUUGGCAACAUUGUUGCAACAACCUAUAGAUUUGGAGCCUGGGAAAGACGAAUGCACAUGUUUUUGGCAUAAAUCAGAUUCACUUAAUUUUUAAAAUUGGAUCCCUCCACCAUGGCAUGGCCCUGCAUUACCAGGGCAUGCUGUCUCGCCCGUUUUUGGAACCAGCUAGAUAAGGCAGACAUAGCAGUGCCUUUAGUCUUCACAAAAUAUUCUGAGGUCACAGAAGGGGUUCCCCAACAUCUGCAGCACCAGCCACCUAUACCCCAGACCCGUGGUGCCUCUGUUGCUAUAGAUACACAGCCUUCCCAUGGUGACCAUGAUGUAGUUGCUAAGACGACAGGUGCCACAGCUGAAGAUUCACAUAGGGUGUUGAGAGAGGGCGAUGUGCAGGGCUCUGUCAUGCGGCAGGACUACAAGCACUGGAAAGUACGCCCAGAGCCCAGCUGUAAGCCCCGCAGUGAGUACCAUCCAUCACACUCGCCUUUCCCUAGAGAGACCCAGUACCAGCAGGAUUUUAAACCCUGGCCCAUCUCAAAAAGAGGGGACCACCCCUGGAUACCCAAACCUUCAGCAGCCCCACCAUCUGCAGCUGUAGAGAAGGGCACAGAGAAACGUGCAGUGGAAGAGAAGCCAGGAGCUGAAAAGGUUGUGCCAGCAGAAAAAAGCAAGAAGGCUUCCCGAAAGGAAAAGGCACCUGACAUACCUGCAGGACAAGCAGCUGUGGGUGCCCACCCAUCAAAGCCAGCAGCACCGUUAGGUACAGACCGUGAGACAAAAACAGCAAAAGUUGAACCCCAGCCAGGCCUCUCUGAGGCAAGAGGAAGAGCUGCAGCAGAUGCUUUGAACCGUCAGAUCAAGGAGGAAAGGUUGGAUGGCACUUCCUACAGAAAUGAGUUCAGGCCAUGGUCGGAUGAUUUCAAGCCAGUUACACCUACUAAAGCCAAGCCACAGUACAAGCCUCCAGAAGGAAAAGUGGCACAUGAAACCAGUUAUAUGGCCAACUUUAAACCAGUGCCAGGUCGAACCGAGUCUGCUGAUAAUAAAGUCACUGAACACAGGAGAGUACGGAGUAUGUACAUUGAACCGUACAGAGAAAUUCCAAAGGUGGAGAAGUCUGCUACUUUGCCUUCUAGACCAAAAAAGACAGCAGCAAGUCAUAAACCCUUAAAAAAGGCCAAAGACAAGAACGUUUCAGCUGGUCGUGCAUCCAAGAAAAAGGCUGCGGAAGGCACUACUGGGUCAAAACCCGAGAGCAAAGAAAAGAGCAAAGAGAUGAACAAUAAACUGGCUGAAGCGAAAGAAUAAAUCCGCAAAGCAUUUCCGAAUCAAGGCCACAAACUUAAUUACAGGUUUCUAGCUGUCUUUUUGCGAUUGUACUGUAGUAGUUUUGUUCCACAGAGGUAUUAUGAACCCUCAUAUUAAUGGUAAAUAUUCCUUUAGAUUAAUGUGCUUAAGCUAGCUGAUAAAGUUUUCAAUAAGUUGAAAGACGAAGGCAAAGAGAAAUAAAAACAGCGUCCAAGAGUAUAAAGGCCCCAUUGUCAGACUAUCAUCCAGUCAGAGCAUUCAUUACUAGCUUGUUCAUUCCAUAAAUAUAUGCAGCAUUUAAGAUUAAUUAUGGUCAGUUCCACUGCUGUUUAGCUUUCAUAUCAGGAGAAGUUGAGUGGGAUACUCUGAUUUAGAAUAAUAUACUUAUUUUCGCUCCCACCUACGACAGAGUCUUUAUGAAAUUCUUCAUGUGUUAUGAAGACUUGGUGAUGAUUAUGAGAUUAAUGAACGGACUGUUAAGAUAUAUUUAGCAAACAUCAUUUCAACAGUUUACCUCAUUACACUGAUGAUUGUAAUGUUCUGUAGGUAGUCGAAUGUCACUAUUUUUAUUUUAUGGAACUGUGCGUUUAAGAAUGAGUGUGACAUUAAUCUGAUCGCUGGUUCUUAAGAAGAUAGAGCUGCAAAAAAAAACACAUCUAAUAAGCCUGAAUAUUUAUAAAACAGGAACUGUUUACUGACUGUGCAUCUCUUUCAACUUUCGGUUUAUCUGUUUUCUUCCUGUGAACUCACUCCAAAGUAAGUUUAAAUGAGGCUUGAAGGCACACACCCACAUUAACAUGUGUAGAAUAUUUAUGGUUGUGUAGUAGCACAAAGAUCUAACAACUUUACAAGCAAUGCAAAGCUAUGUGCCUAUUGCACACUGUACGUCACAUAUGGACAACAGAAAGGUUAAGUAUAAACACAGGUCAGGGUUUUUUCCUUGCUUUUAGUCACAAGAACAGGCGUAUGUGUAGGAUUCCUAACUGCUGCUUAAAUGCAUAUUUCAAGUGUUUCUGGUUGCGAAUGUGUUUGAAUCUCUGAGCUGCUCAAUGAUUCAUCUUUUUCAAGCAGACAAACUGGGUCAGUCUCUGGGCAUCUUGCUGAGAUGUGGUCAACAUGCCUUUUCAUGGACAAAAUAUUGUUAGUGACCACAACACUAAAUGAUGCAAGGACCAUCCCACUUACUUGGUUAACAAAGUAAGAACAUAAAUAAAUAAAGCCAAAGUCUGUGUAUUAGCUCACUGUGUGUGUGUGUGUGUGUGUGUGUGUGUGUGUG